CACAAAUGAAAAAUUGACAAGUCAUAUCGGCCUGAGAAUGAAUUCUUGCUUUGAUAAAAAUAAUAACAAGUUAUCAAAUAUAUAAUUACAGUAAUUUAAUAUAGAAUAAAAUAUUUACAAUGGAGGAUAUGGCACGCCUGGCGUUAGUGGAGCAAAGUGUACGGGACAGUAGGAAAUUCAGUGAAAUACUUUAUGAAGUUCUCGGUCAUAUUAUUAGUAUUUUAGAAAAUCCCCAUGACUACGAGUUGAGAACGAUCAGUGGUGAUUUUGUGAAGAAAUGUAAACAGUAUGAAGCUUUAGUGGACUAUAUGAAAUACAUUGGUUUUCAACUGGUGGCAGAUACAUUAAUAUACCCGAAGGACUAUUCACUCAGCAAAUUGAGGAUUGCUCAAGUGACAAUAGAGAGGAAGCUCUGUGUGUGCUAUGGAGGCUUGGAUCAGAGCAAAACCAGUAUUAAAUCUAUAAGAAGCCAACCACAAACAAAGAAGACUAUACUCACUCCAGCUAAUAUACUGAAAACUAAAAACCCAUUGUUGCUAAAAAUUGAAGCAUUAUUCAAUAAUAUGAUAAAAUAUGAAGAUGAGGACUUACAAGAUUUAGCACGACAAUGUAUUCCUAUUGUGACAUUACAAUUGAUGGCUAUUGACAGAGUCAGAGAACGACAAAAGAAGAUCAAAGCUGGAGAAUUCAAAGGACAAGACCUCCCAUUCGACAUUGCUUUGCUGAUGGAACUCAUCAACUGGUUCAAGCACAAGUUUUUCUCGUGGGUCGACAAGCCAGCGUGCAAGAGAUGCGGUGGGGAGACCGUAUUCGCUAAGACCACAUCAUUGAGAACUGAAACCGAAACAUGUACAUUGGAGUUAUACCACUGCUACCAGUGCGAGAUAGAAACAGACUUCCCUCGAUACAACGAUCUGCGCGCGCUGUUGAAGUCGCGGCGCGGACGUUGCGGCGAGUGGGCCAACUGUUUCACUCUAAUAUGCCGCGCAAUGGGCUACGAUACACGAUACGUGUAUGACGUCACGGAUCAUGUUUGGUGCGAGGUGUACGACUACGACACAAAAAAAUGGCUUCACGUGGACCCAUGUGAAGCCAUAAUGGACGCACCGCUCACCUACAGCCACGGAUGGGGCAAGAAACUCUCCUACGUCAUUGGGGUCUCGAGAGAUGACCUUCAGGACGUCACCUGGAGGUACACCACUAACCACAAACAGAUCCUGGGCAGACGAAAUCUCUGCAACGAAGCUGAUUUGAUAACGGGUUUAAUGACAUUACGGGAGCAUAGACAACGCCAGGUGUCGGAGGCUAGGCGGCGAUAUCUCACCAAACGAGCACUUGAGGAGCUGGUCGAGCUCAUGGUGGAAAGAAAGCCAAAUGACAGUGAAUCACACGGGCGGAUAACCGGCUCUAAAGACUGGCGAGCGAAGCGUGGCGAGAUCGGCAAUAUUAGUCAUACCUUUGAACUCUCUAAACCGGGCAACUACAGUAUCCGGUACUAUCCGAGCACGGACAAGUACCGGAUAUCCUGCGACGGAGGAAAAGACGAUCUGGUUAUCGGAUGGGAGGCUGGAACUUAUGAGCGAAAGGGCAUGUUUAGGAAGAUCGAGCUGGAUUGGAAACAAGUCUAUUUAGCAAGAGAACCGGACGAAAAUCAUGGUAGCAUCUCGUGGAGACUAAGUACAACAGCCGAUCACGUGUUCAAGGUAAUCAGCAUACAAGCCAGCACCGCUGUGUUUGAGACCGGAAAGAUCGACUGGAAGUUAAAAUUUGAUAAUAAGGAUCCUGUGUAUACUAAAUUUAGUGAAUCACCAACAACGUUCAGUGACGAAUUCACCACCGCAGUGAUUACAGUGGAUCUCAGUGGCGGCAACGGUGAUGUGGCAUGGCAACACGCGCAGAUAUUUAGACAAUCAUUAGAAACCAAAUCUAGUGGCUUCGAAAUACUGGCCACUGUAGUCAAAAAACAAUAAAACCAAAUAUAAAUUUAAAUUUUGACCACAGAUUCUAUAUAUUUUUUUUAUAUUAUAAGGUGCUGUUUCUUUACUAAUUUCUAAAUUAAAAAUUUGACCACAGCUUGUAUACAUUUUUAGGUUAUGAAGUUUUGGUUUAUUUUGUACUUUUUAAAUGAUAUUCCAGAAUGUUUAGUCUGUAUUUAGAGGUUUAUUUGUUAUGUGAAUUUUAUAAAAUCUGUUCUAAGUUGUUGAUACCAAUAAAAUUGGGUUUAUAAUGUUAUGUUUUCUUGUACAUUUUUAGUUUAAGUUUUGACGGUGAAUAGUGGCAUUUCAGUAAUGGCGGUAAUUUUUUAAAUUAAUAUCCUAUAUACCUUGCGCAUCUGUUUACAUACAA